UGCUAGAUGGCAGCACACAUCUGGUUUAUAGCCGCUCGUACAGCUUCGCAAGCACGUGGUAAUCGUGGUUAUGUCAGUAACCACUGGAGUAAGUGUGUCGGAUAAUAUCACGUACCUUCUAUCAGUACCAAUGCGAUCGAAGACAGAAAUAAAUAAUGCUGGUGCAACACUGGCACAAAAUGAUAACGAAGAUGACAGUGACUAUGAAGAAAAUGAAAAUGAAUUGGAUAGUCCAGAAAUGGAGGAUGAUACGAGUGAGACAUCACAUGAUGCUGGAUCCACUUCAAAUGCAGGCUGGGCUGAUGCUAUGCAAAAGAUUCUAAAAACAAAUAAACCGAAGAGAAAAAAGACAAUUGUACUUGCCAAGGCAAAGAGGUUGUGCGAUGUAAAAGUACAGGAGAAAAAAGAUUUUUCUUUUGAGAUUGAUAGCGUCAAAGAAGAGAUCAAAACUGAAUCAGAGGAUGAUACUGAGGAGACAAAUGCAGCGAAUAUUGCAACAAUUAAAUCGAGAGUAAUGAAGAGAAAAAAAUGUGGCAUCAGAGUGAAACCGACCAUUACAGACCGGGAGCACGAAAGAUUGUUGCAAAAGAUAGCUACAAAAGGAGUCGUGCAACUGUUCAAUGCAGUAAGACAGCAACAAUUGGAGAUUAAAAAAAAAUUAUCGGAUGCAGGGCCAUUAGAAAGAAAACGUGAGCAAGUAUUCAAGAGCAUUGACAAAAAUGCCUUCCUUGAUGUUCUCAUGGGUGGCAGUAAAAGCAUACCAGUUGAUAACACUGUUAAGUUUGAGAAGCCUGUUGAGCAGAAGGACGAUAAAGACAAAGAUCACAAAAUGUGGAGUGUUCUUCGAGAUGACUUUGUCAUGGGGGCUAAGUUGAAAGACUGGGAUAAGAAGAAUCUAGAAGAAGAAGAUUCUUCAGCUCCUGAGGACAUGGACAGCGACGUAGACUGAAAUCAAUCUCUUAUAAAACCGAGGCUCGAUAUCUGUUGACUACAAGCGACCGCUUUCGCACCGAGCUAUACCUAAAUAUUGUGAAUUAAAAAUAACAAAUCAUCAGUUUAUUAAUUUGUGCAUUUGUAUAAUUGGCCUUGCCUUCCGUUUUUUUUUAUGAUCCAGUGUUUGUUUUAAUUAAAUAUAACAAUAUAUAUGUACAAUGUAAAGUAUGUUUCUCAUUAGGGGAAACCAUUUAUAUUGAUAUCGUUUAUU